AGCCGGAUCGCUUUAAAGGUGACGCCAGUGGUGAGUUUAUGAACACAUCUUGAUUUGGUAAAAACAGGAUUAAAUUAACGCUUCUGUUUGUUUAUUUUUAAAUAUCGGCUAAUACUUGAGUUAAAGUGAGUUAUUGUUGGUAAGAAGAGGUUCACCCUGACUGGCUCCUUUUGUCAGAAAACCGGCCGCUGCACAAAAUCCAGCAUGACCGAGAGAAGUCUGCAGUUUCGAGAUAUUGAACCUAAAUCAAACAGUUUUGCUCCUGUUGAAAGAAGACCUGAAAAGCCCCUCUGGACUCGUACUGACAACGCCUUCAGAUUUAACUUCCUACCUGACAACUCUGCAGCUCUUCAGGUGGAAACAUCCUCCAUCAGUGAACCAGCAGCGAGCAGGAUAUCUGUUACAGGACAGGGCUCUGCUUUUGCCUUCAACUUCCAAAUCCCUUCUGACACACCUGUAGAAAGCAUGGAGAUGACAGAAACCCCGAGCACGUCUUCCCCAAGCAGCCAACCGGAAAAGCCUUUGUCACUGCCGGAGGUCAACUCUGAAUCAUUAGUGCAAUCAAAAGCCAAGAAGAAGAAGAAGAAAUCUGGAAAGAAAAACCCCUCAGAGAGCACAGAGAUGCAGCAAACACCAGGUUCAGCGGAGGGUAGUCAAGAGAGCGAGGACACAGAGCUGAGCGCAGAGGAGCAGCUGAACAGACAGCUGGACUGGUGCAUCGAGCAGCUGGAAUCGGGAAUGAGCCAGAAGGGAACACCAAAACAAAAGGAGGAAGCCUCUCGUGCUCUGAAGACUCUACAAAGCUCCAAAGCUCCUCUGGCCAAAAAGAGGCAGGUGAUGAGAGCCAUGACUGGAGACUACAGGAAGAAAAUGGAGGAGGAGAAGAGCAAACAGUACAAACUCAUUCAUAGUGAACUUGCUUCAGCUCAAGUGAAAGCUGUGUCAGAUUCUCCAAAGAAGUGUGUCUUCCACCGGAGAGCAGAAGCUAAAUCACAAGAUACAGACCUGCAGGAACAGACUCAAGAGCAGGCUUCCUCAACCUUUGUCUUUACCCCCUCAAAGGAAGAGUUCCACUUCAACUUCUUCUGAUCUGUGAUCUUGGGACACAUAUUACCAUACAGUGUGAUAGACAUUGUUCAAACAAUAGCCAUUGCAGAAAACAAGGGACUACAAAGGGUAAAAACAAUCCCAACACCUAUUUCCACAAUGCUGAUAUUCAAAAUGUUCUGAAAUUGCUGGCUCAUGUUUAUACUUCUAAAUAAAAUAAUUUUAAGUUUUUUUUA